AUGGUCAAACACCUCUCCCAACCCCCCUCUCCCCCCCCCUCCUUCCUCCCUAUUCGCGCCUGUGUCCUGUCAUGGCUCCAGAUGCAGUGGGCAGCAGAGGAGGAACUCUAUGGGGAGAAGAUAGUCUCAGACCUGGGCCAUCCGCUCUCCCUCUGCUUGGAGCAGCCACCGCCCCGCUGCCCCCUCUGCUGUGCUCGCACACAGCAGCAGGGUACGCAGCAGCAGGGUACGCAGCAGCAGGGUACGCAGCAGCAGGGUACGCAGCAGCAGGGUACGCAGCAGCAGGGUACGCAGCAACAGGGUGGGGAAGAGAGGUCAGUGGAAGCUGGCAGGGCAGCGCUGCUGCCGCAACAAGAGUGUGCACCAGCUGUGUUCUGCGUGCCAUGCGGCGAGUUCUUCUGCCACCGCUGCUUCCAUGAGUUCCACAUCACGCCUCGCUUGCAGCAGCAUGCCACACACCCCGUGGCUUCUUCCGAAAUCUCUGCAAGGGCAGCAGCGGCUGCUGCUGGCGUUGCUCCUCACUUGCCUGAAGAUGAUGUUUUUGUGGGUGAUUCUGCACCUGUUGAUGCGGCUGUGACUGUUACAAACGGGGAAAACGUGACUGUAACGGAGGGGGGAAGUGUGGCUGUAACGGAUGUGCAAGUGGUUCUGGACUAUCUGGCAUCAGAGGCAGGCGCGACUCAUCGACACGAGCUGCAACGCUUCAGGAUCCUAUCAGAGCUGUUGUCAGACGUGCAGCCACAGCAGCUGGGGCACUCGGAGCGACUGGCCUUCUGGAUCAACGUGUACAACGCACUCGCCAUGCAUGCCUACCUGGUGUACGGCCAGCCACGCAGCCACUACAAGCGAGUCAUGUUCAUGCACAAGUCCGCCUACAUAAUUGCCGGCCUGCCCUUCUCCAUCCUCGCUAUAGAGCACUGCAUUCUAAGAGCCGCGUCCUUCCAACCAGCACUGGCGGGUCUGCUGCCAGUGCAGCGCUACAGGCGGGGGGAUGUGCGCUACAGCCUGGCCCUAGAUAGGCCCGAGCCUCUAGUCACCUUUGCUCUCAGCUGUGGCUGCGCCUCCGCUCCCCCUGUAAGCCUCCCCUCCCUCUGUCCCCCCUCCCUCUGA